GUGACUUUAUUUUCCAGCAGCCAUGCUCCUGAGUGGCUUCAUUUGAUCACUGUGAAGUACAAUUUUUUUUUAUCUGUUUUACAACCUCUUUCUCAUAUUCUGGUAUUUAAGUGUUUACUUCACUCCUCCUGUGAGUACAUUUUUGUUGUAGGCUGAGCAAUACUUUAAUCCAACAAAGAAGUAAAGGAAAUCUUAACCUCAUUACGUCAAAAACCAGCAUUAUUGAGACUAUGUCCACUAUGGUCAUUUCAACAUGCAAAUGAUGAGGCUGAAGAGAAAAGUUGACCGUCAGGAGAUCUAAAUUCACAGGGCUACAUAACAUGGGACCAAACAUGACAUUCCUUUUGGUUUGUGCUGACAAGCACCUUUUGAGUGACAGCUUGAUAUUGAUCUACUUGCUGAUAUUAAAUAGUUUGAUAUUUUCUAUAUUAGUUUUUGGUCAAUCAUGCUAUGUAAGCAUGGCAACAGAAGUCCUUGAGAGGACAAAGCAAUUGUAUAGUUACAACAACCGAUCAAUUAUAUAAAAAAGAACAGCAACCAAGUUUAGCUUAUAACUUGACGUUGGAUCUAAGUAGCAUCUGUGUUUCGUAUAAGCUACUCUUGAGAUCCCCCUUUAACUUCUACUCUUAAUAUUUCUCAUAAUAGGAAUCUCAAUAGUUUUAGAUAUACAUUUUAUUUUGCUGGUAGUCAGGACAAUAAUUUGGCUGCACAUGUUAAGAUACUAAAGAUAAUGCUAUGUAGUAAUGCUUAAUACGUUUAUUUUAUGCAUCUUUCCUUCAAGGUGAAAAGCACUGCUUAGAUUUUCUGUGAUCUCAAGAUGGAGGUUUUAUUUUUUAUUUUUUAACAAAUGUUUUUACAGUUUGAACCACAUGAUUGAUCAAUGUAAAGUUACAUUGAUGAGUGUUUUGGUUUAACUGCAAUACAAACAAAAUCUCCUUGGAUCUGUAUUAAAUCCAGAAAAUGCUGUUAUUUUUCUGACAUAGAAGAAUUAUGUUUACAUUCAACCCUGUAUUAAGUCUGAUAGCCUUUUGAUAUAAGUGUGAGUAUGUAAAGAGUGAAUUCUGCUCCUGAAAGAGCACACGUGCGCAGUAAAUAUUUUCAUGCUGGACUGUCUGACCUUAUGACAGGCAAACUAGUUAUAUUGUGUAUUCUUUAUGUCAUCAGAGUAACAAUGGGAAUGGUACCUCUUCAUUCAAACUGAAACGAGCCACAGCUGUUGUCCUAUUGAAUAUAUCCACCAAUCGGAAUACUUGCAAUAAUGUUCUUCUAUGUGCUUAUUUCAUGAAGGAACCCAAUUGCUCAAUUAUGUUCUUAUUUUCAAAAGAAUAUUGAUGGGAAAUUCAGUACAAUAGAAACUAAUUCUGAACACCCAUUCACACACAGAAUAGGCCAUUGGGGAACAAAAUAUAUGGCAGUUAUGAUUAGAGUGGAAAGUUGCACAUUAUUGCUCAAUGAAAUUUUAAUGAGCGAUGAUCAAUGUUUAAAACAUUUUUGUAACUGGGUUUGAUUUUGAUGUGCAACUCUUCGAAAAAUAAAUAAAAUUUGCAACUCUGUUUUGUUUGUAUAAUUAUUUAAAUAUAAAAUAGGAUAUCACAAUAUCUUUAUCACGUUCUGUUCUCGGCGGAAGUUCAUACGAUAUACCGGUACGCGUCAUUUGACGCGUGUUGACGUAUUGUUUUGACGCAUAUUUCGCGGGGAUUUACAACGUUUUGAGUUUAGUUUUGGUGAUAUAGUGAUGACAAAAUGAGCAAAAAAGACAACAGCGUGGGAAUCAUUUUUGCAUAUUUGAAUGAAAAGAACCGUCCUUAUAGUGCAACAGAUGUUUUCACCAAUUUACAAAAACAGCAUGGACUGGGGAAAACGGCAGUAGUCAAAGCCAUGGAGCAAUUGGCGGUGGAAGGGAAGAUUAAAGAAAAAGUAUAUGGCAAGCAAAAAAUAUAUUUCGCCGACCAGAGCCAAUUUACACAAGUGAAUGAUGCAGACCUGAAGGCCAUGGAUAACCAGAUCUCAGGGCUCAGCACUCAAGUGCAGUCCAUCAAUCAGAGCUGCAGGCAGCUGGAUGCAGAACUGAAAGUACUCCAAGGCUCAUUGACAACAGAGGAACUGACAUCAGAGAUAAAGAAGCUGAAAGAGGACUGUUCUGGUUACCGGGUGCGUCUGCAGAAGAUCCAAUCAGCAACUAAUCAUAUCCCACCAGAAGAGAAGGAGAAGGUUUACAAACAACGUGAUGUAUAUGUGAAAGAGUGGAAAAAGAGAAAAAGACUGGCAUCAGACAUGAUGGAUGCCAUUCUGGAAGGAUAUCCCAAGAGCAAGAAGCAGUUUCUAGAGGAAGUUGGCGUUGAGACGGAUGAAGAUUCCAAAGUGGUUUUACCGACUACUUGAGACGGAAAUCCUUUUCAUUUAUUUAUCCGAUAUAGAUUACCAGGAUCUGGACACAAAAUUAUAUCCAAAUGUACAAGAAGGAGAUUCAUUUUAUUUAAACGUCAACAAUUUCCUUUCAAUGAGUUGGUAAAUAAAAAUAAACAUAAAAUACAAA